CGUCGAGCUUGCUGAGAUAAAAAUAAAAUGUUUCAAAGUCUCCAGUCACAUAUAACACAUAUUUGCGUUUGCAAACACUUCAUUUAAAUAAAAAUAGGUAGAUUUAAACACUAGUUUAGUGAUUUGUAGACGUUGCGUAAUUUAUAAAUUCAAAAUGAAGCUGUUACCAAUAAUUACUUCGAGUAUUUACCAAAUAAUUGCAUUGAUUUUCUUUAUUGCAUUUCUUUUGGGUGUGUUAAAUAUUCAUUUUAGUGACAAAAAGAAUUACUGCGAAAUGACUUACAUGUAUGAAUAUCCUCAAUUCGUGAAAAUAACUUUGGAUGAAAACAAAGAGUUUCCGCAAUAUGGUCUCUACGCUUAUAGCGAAGGGAGAUACACGGAACGCGCUAGAAAAAUGUGGUUUGAUGGUAUCCCGGUAUUAUAUUUGCCUGGUAACUCUGGGAGUCACAUGCAAGCUCGCUCUCUGGCCUCCGUAGCACUGAGGAUGGCUUUGUCUAGAGGAUAUGAAUUCCAUUUUGACUAUUUUACUAUUAGUUAUAAUGAAGAGUUAUCCGGUCUUUACGGAGGUGUGUUACAAAGGCAGACCAAGUUUGCCGCGGCCUGCAUCUCCAAAAUACUGAGCCUCUACAAGCCUAACAAGUAUACUAAGUCUGUGCCUACGUCAGUCAUUGUGAUUGGUCAUUCAAUGGGCGGCCUCAUAGCCAAGCGUCUCCUCGCCUACCCGAGCACUAUCUCAACAACUAACAUCUCCAUCGCUCUAGCAGCACCUUUAGCAGCCCCCGCCAUCAACUUUGACUGGGACAUGGAUAGCUUCUAUUCAGCCAUGGAGACAGAGUGGGAGAGAAUAAACAGUGAUAUGAAUGUGAAAGAGACAAAGAUGUUGAUUAGCUUUGGCAGUGGUGCGAGGGAUUUGUUGAUACCCGCUGGGCUGACGGCGAGUAAUGAUAGUGAUGUUAAUGCUUUGACAACAUCUAUCCCAGGCGUAUGGAUUUCCACUGAACACGUGACUAUAGUCUGGUGCAGGCAGCUUGUUAUAACCAUCAAUAAGUUCCUAUUCUCUAUUGUGGACCCGGUGACAGAGCAACUAGUACCCGAUAAGAACGUGCAGAUGGCUCGGGCUAGACAGUAUUUUGUGGCCAACCGAUCGAUGUUUUUAAAUCCUGACGUGGUACAACCUAACGCAACGAUGCUGGCAGAUGCAUUCUGGUACGAAGACAAUAGGAGGACAUACCAGAUAUCACGGCCGGAGAUUGACAAAAUGACGUAUCUGAUGAUACGACUAGUGAGCUUCCCACAGAACCGGUUUGUCGUCAUCGAAUCUGUCAACUUAGACGACAAGGACUGGAUAUUUGGAUGCAACGCGCAGUACGCGUAUAACUCGUAUAGAUAUUGCAAACAAGGCACAUCCCUAUCAGAGCUCAGUCGCUGGACUGGUGCGGACACCAAUUUUGGCAAGCGGAAACUCGCCACAAUACAUCUCCACGAUUUGAUCGAGAAGCACCCUGAUUGGUCGCACGUCGUCGUCAAAGUAUCGCCUACUAGGAGGCCGGUAACCCUAAACGUAGACAUCAAUGACCACGCCUCCCGCCAACUAACCGUCGACGUGCCCUCCCACUUCUCCCUCACACGCACCGUUAUAAAGCAGGAGACCGAACCCCACAGCCUGUACUACGAGUUACUACUGCCUGGUUUUAAUGCUAUAUGGCAGGCUUACUUAUUAUAUGUAGAACCCAUUGGAUGCAAAGCGGAAUACCACGUUUCUGCUGAGAUGCAAGUGCCUUGGGCCGAGAAUCAGGAAUACUACCAUUAUUUCACGCAUCUAAAGAAAUCUCCAAUGAAACUACGUUUAUACAAAACCCAUCCAAAUGUGACUCGAGGGCAGGACACGACGGACCAUGUCAAAGUUGUGUUACUAUUGGACCCGCAGUGCAAGUAUACUAUUAGCAUCGCGUCCUCCUGGUACCACGUGCUAGCCCAGUCCGUCCGUGCCUUCACCCCGGUACUAAUAACAUAUGUCGGCGGCGCCGUCUUACUUAUAGCUAAAAGUGUGCUUAUGAGUUUACAUGGUGUGGGCACGUGUUUGUCUAUACAUGGGGCGUUGAGGAGUGAUGACUUGAAGCCAUACGCCCCUCUAGUAUUUGUAAGGGUGCUUAUUACUCUGUUGAUGGCAUUCCCCAUCAGCAGUUACCUUCUUGACAACGCCAGCGCCCACAACUACGAGAUGCACUACUUCAUCCGCUCCAUAAUGGUGCUGGCCGCGUACUUCGUGGCGCUAGGGCUCCUGAACGUGGCGGCCGCGGGCGUGCUGUUCAUGAUGGUGUUCUCCUCCCAACUGGCGCAUAGAAUGCUGUUCAGGAUAUUAUGGAGAGGAGGGCAGGGGCUGGCUGAGAGAGUCGCUGUUGGGCUACAGAAGGUGCCCAUGGUAGUGAGUGCAGCCCUCAUCACUCUAGCUCCUUUGUCUUGUGGUGCGGCCGCGCUAGUCGCCGGCGGCGCCUUCUAUGCAUUUAUGAUAUCCAAAAUGUACGAAGAAUACUUAGAAGACUAUUUCUACAAACUAGCUGCCAAAUACGCAUCACGCUUCUGCCGCGCGUUUAGAAAAAAUAAAAAGAAAGAUAAGACAGAAUCAGAUAACUCUCUCGUCCCGAAAACAGAAACAGAAUCAGUUGUCGUUAAACCAGAUGAUUCUGUUAGUACUACUUUAGUACAACGUAAAACUAAUGUAAAUGAAAAAGAUAAAAUAGAAGCUGAUAAAAUCGUGGUUAGUGACGAUAAAGAAAAAAAUGACGAAACAGAAGAAAAUAAAGAAGUAGCUUUAAUAACUAAUACAGAAGUAGAUAAUAAAGAAUCUAGUGACAAGAAUGAUAAAGAAAAGAACGAAUGUGACAACGAUGUCGAAGGUGACGGGGAAUUGUUGUUGAGUGAUAUAAAUUUUCAUAUGACGAUGUUCUUUCUGUGGGCGGUUGUGACUUUAGUUAACGUGCCUGCUUUGUUGACGUGGGCGAGAAAUUUCAAAUACAGCAUGGUGCUCAAGCCAGACAAUUCAAGGUUCCCUGGACUGAUUCUGUCUAUUUGCUCCACGUGCAUAUGGCAAAUGGAUGGACCGAGAAAAAACUUGAAAAACUACAAUUUCGUAGCAGGCGUAAUCUUCGUAGUGGCUGUAAUAGUGUUAACACUAGGACCACUAUCCCUAACCUACGUCAACUUCGGCGUAACAUUCGCCUUCGCACUCAUAACAGCACAACAGCUGUUCGACACAGAAGAAAUUGACGAAGACUCCCAAGCCAGCCAAGAUCCUUCCCAAGACCCCGAAGUUAGUGACCAGACCUCGAACGAAGACUCGGAUCAAGAAAAGUCAGAAAGUAAGGAAGAAGUUAGUGAGAGUGAAGAAAAAAACGAAUGUGAUCCUUGCAAUGAAAAUAGAAUAUACAACGUCUUUAAGAAUCUUAGAGAUAAAUUUAGUUUUAGUGAGGAAUGAAGCAACGAGACUGAAUGGGUACCUAUUUGGUCAAUGACGUCAUUAUAGUGCGUACACACCAAGCAAACGAACAUGACGAACAUUCACGCUGAGAUAAACUUUUAGAGAACGACAGCAAACGUUCGUUGGCAUUCGUUUGAUUAAUCGAAUUUGUAGUUCCCUCGAGAAUCUUGAGUUAUGGUAACACAAAGUUUAAUAAAAUGAUUUUACGGUUAUACUGACGUAUUUGCACGUCGUCGACACAAACAGAGGGGCCUACCGUGAACACCUAAGUUCGCAAAUUGCGGGCAUCUUUCUCUGUCACUUUAAUUACGCCUUAAUUGGAGAAGAAAGAUGCCCGCAGUUUGCGAACUUCAUUUCGUGGUUAUAACCCAGAUCUCAGUGCUUGCAAAUGAAGAGCUGUUCGAAAUAUAUUGCGAGUAGUGACUACAAAUAGACGACUAAAACCGUAAAAUUAUUAUUCGUUCCUUUGUUGUGUACGCAUUAUUGUUGAUUGAAUACAAAUCGGAAAUUUUGUGUGCUAGACUAAAUGUGAUGUAAUGUUAAAAUUCUGUGAGAAAUGGCAGCAAGCAAGUGCUUUAAAUAACAUCAUUUCUUUGAGAUUAUGUUCAAGUUUGCAAGAAAAAUUCAUUGUAGAAUUAAUUUGCAAAGUCCUCAAGGUGUGAGUCCCGUACAAACGUAAAUUUUCUAAGGAUUGUACGCAGUUUUUUUUUUCAUGGACACAAAUAUGCUCAAAAAAUUUGUCGUAAGGCGGGUCCACACGGAACGAGCCGCCUCACGAGGGAAUUGCCGCGCGAAGCAGCUCGGUCGGUGGAGACGUGCCUCGGCCGAGGCAUUGCGGAAGCCAGUGCGUUUGCUUCGCCCGAGGAAUGUUUAUACAGACCGCGUUGCUUCGCGCGGCAAUUUCCUCGCGAGGAGGCUCGUUCUGUGUGCAUCCGCCUAUUUAUGUAACGCGUGUGUGUACGGGACAGACCUGAGGAUUGCUAUAGAACUUUGUUAAAUAAAUAGUUGUAUGUAAGGUGAUAUUUAUACCACGAUUAUUUUACUGAGGUUGUUGAAAAUGACAAGUGUGACAACUAAAGUAUGUCUGAUGAAAAUGAGGGAUCCAAAGAAAUGUAGAUGUAAGAGGAAAACAAGAGUGAGGUAAUUAAUAUAUGUUUGCUAUAUCCUCCUAAGGCCCAAGGUCCUACCUAUAGUACUUAUUCAGUUCAAUGAAAUUUAAAUCAUAUUCAAUUGGAAUAGUCAUUUGUUUUGUUUCGUUCAAUUUUCAAUCUAAACCAAAAUCAACUCUAUUCCCUGCACUAUAGGUUCAAAUUACAGUGACAAAUUCUGGAUUUUUCAUUUGUACCUAUGGCUGGGCCUUAGGAGGAUAUAUGUAUGUUCGCAUAACAACUUUUAUUGUUGCAAUUUAAAGCAACCAGACGUCUCUUUUUGUUUUUAUAUGGUUUUUUUAUUAUUAUGUAUAUCCUGUAUUAUUUCUGCAAAGUAUUCAGUCGGUUUCCGCAUUAAUAAGAGUAAUUUAUAUGGCUGCGUUACCACCAGCGAUGUGCGAGGAUGCGUAGAGGAUAUAUAAAUGAAGUGAUUCUAUUGGUUCUUAACAAACAAAUCCCUCGCUACACAUCCUCGCACAUCUCUGGUAGAAACGCAGCCUUAAACAUGGCGGUUGUUAUAAAUGUAAUGUUUUGCUGUGUGAUUGGUGCAUUGGGAUAAACGAAUUUAGAUAAAAUCAUUGGUAUAUUAAUCAUUUUAAAUUGUUAUAUAAAUGUUGUAUUCGAAAGUUAAUAGUAGUACAUGAAACUAUACAUCUAAAGUACCUAUACAAAUUUUAUCCAUGUUUGAAUCUACUUGUUGAAGGAAUUUUACAUCAUAAAUGUAAUCAAAUUAAUGUUUAUUCCCAAUAAGCAGUACCAUAUUAUUAUCUAAAACUACAAUACAAAGUAGGUACAUAUCAUGUUUUAGCAUUAAAUACUUUUGAUGGAUAUGAGGCAAAUUCUACAUAUUUCUUUAACAGCUCAAGAUAUGACACAGCAAGGUUAUGACCACCCUUUUUCAAACUGGUGAGUUCCUGGUCAACUGUUAACCCUUUGACCGUCAAGAAUGCCCAUACACGCGCAAGGAAAACUUCAUCAUGGCCAAGAAGUGUAUACACAUCAAGAAACAUUAACACAUUCGCGGCCACGAAUACUAUAGCAGUCAUGUAGUUUUUUGUUUCCUUUGGCCUAUGACAUGACAUCACUAGGCGUCCACAAAUGUGUUAAGAAGUAUUAUUAUUGCUCUAGUCCUAGUUUACUAGUAAGCUUUUAUAUAGAUUUUUAAUGAAUAUUGGUGGUUUGUGUGUAACAUAUGGGUCACAUUUUCCAGGAUCGAACUAAGCAGUCAAAGGGUUUAACUGUACCAAUUACUAUUUAUUUUUACUGUACUAAUUACUAUUUGUAAUGUAAAAGGAUAAAGAACUUUGGUUAUAGCAAUGUCUUGCCAUCAUUUUAUAUAUAAGCUGUAUAAAAACUGUUUGUUAUUUUUUUACAAUAUUACUUUUAAUAAAACAUGGAAUCCCUACGAAUGAUUAAUACAGAAGUAAAUAAAUAAUUGAAAUUGCUCACUAGUGA